AACCUGGGAUUUACGAGGGAACCUGAACGCCCCACCGUUACUCCCCUGCUGGGCUCGCAGAAAGCUAAAUCUACAGCCACAUACCGACACUGACAGAUGCUGAUCUAACCACACAAUCUUGUCCAAACAAAGUCAGUCCGAGAGGCGCGGAUGAUCACAGACUUCAGAGUGUCUCUGCGGGCGUGGCGUUGUUGUUUUGACAGUUUACAGCAGCACCGUUAGCAGGAGCAGCUAACGACACUUGGCUAAAACUCCUCCGCUGAGGACAAACCACUGCAGGCUGCUGGACUUGACAGAUCCAGUUAUGUGAGCUGCUCUGAUGUGUGGACUUGCAAAAUCUGACAGCUCCUGGGAGAGACAGCUUUUAAGCUGGACUGGAGGAUCUUACUAUUACCAGGAGGUAACCAUCAAACAGACCUGCAGCUGAUUUGGCUGACCAGGUAUAUGUUUGCCUGGAGCGUAGCAUAAGUCCCCCAAGAAGCCUCCUUCCCUUCCCCUACCUUAGCCCCCCCCAACCCACCCCUGCACUACUAUGCCUCUGGGUUUGGGAAGAAGGAAGAAGGCCUCUCCGUUGGUGGAGAACGAGGAAGCAGAGCCCAUCCGUGCUGGUCUCAAUGUGUCAGGUAUGGAUGGUCUAGAUGGGGGUGUCAUUGGGCUGGGAGAAGGUGCCACUUCUGAAGGUCUGCCUCCUCCGCACAGUAGCAUGCGACCUCGCCUCAUCUUCCACACUCAGCUCGCUCACGGCAGCCCCACAGGUCGCAUUGAGGGCUUCAGUAAUGUGCGGGAGCUCUAUGCUAAGAUUGGAGAGGCCUUUGGGAUACCAGCAUCUGAGGUCAUGUUUUGCACUUUGAACACUCACAAGGUGGACAUGGACAAACUGUUGGGGGGUCAGAUCGGACUAGAGGACUUUAUUUUUGCCCACAUUAAAGGACAACGAAAGGAAAUCGAGGUGUACAAAGGAGAGGACGCUCUGGGGCUGACGAUCACCGAUAAUGGAGCUGGCUAUGCUUUCAUCAAGAGAAUCCGAGAGGGCAGCAUCAUCCACCAGAUCCAGGUCAUUAAUGUGGGAGAUAUGAUUGAGUCGAUUAAUGGCCAUCGCCUGAUCGGGUGUCGACACUAUGAGGUUGCCAAGAUGCUGAAGGAGCUGCCUAAAGGGAAGGAGUUCACCAUCAAACUUACAGAGCCUCUGAAGGCCUUUGAUAUGAUCAGCCAGCGGUCCGGAGGGUCCAGGUCGGCAUCCGGGGUUCAGUUGGGUACCGGCAGAGGAACUCUUCGUCUACGCUCUAAAGGCCCAGCUACUGUAGAGGAAGUGCCGUCUGCGUUCGAGGAGAAGGCCAUAGAGAAGGUGGAUGACCUGCUGGAGAGCUACAUGGGCAUCAGAGACAGUGAGCUGGCGGCGACCAUGGUGGAGCUGGGGAAAGACAAAAAGAACCCUGACGAGUUUGCAGAGGCUCUAGAUGAAACUCUGGGAGACUUUGCCUUCCCAGACGAGUUUGUUUUUGACGUCUGGGGUGCCAUUGGCGAUGCUAAGGUUGGGCGGGUUUAACUACAAACACUAACGGAGUAGAACAAUGCGUGUGUGUGUGUGUGUGUGUGUGUGGGAGCGCGACACCCACAGCAUUCAGCACUACUAAGGAGACACAACACUACCGUCAUGACUUUGCUUUUAUUCCAGUGUAUACUCCUACUCUUUUUAAUUUAGGGUGCACUCUGUUGGGAGACUCUGCCAUCACUAAGAGGAGAGCGGCAGGGAACGGGAGAGGAGCUGACUGUGAUGACUUCCCAAGUGCUUUUUUUUUUUUUUUUUGUCUUCCAGCUUUUUCCAGAAACUACAAGCACGCUGAUGAGCAUUUCCCUUUGGCCGCGUCACAUGACCCUGCAUGUCAUUGUCGUAGUUGCUGGCAGCGGAACAAAAACAGUAAAAGUAUGUGAGAAACGAAAGACGAGAGCUAACACAAAGUAGAUCUUUGACACUUAGCGACAGAAAAUGUGAUUUAAUUCCUCAACAUUGCACUGUGUUGCACUGCGCUGUAGACCAACAGCAGGAUCGAGCAGAGAUCGCACUGUGCCUCGCUGUGGUGAGCGUCACAGUUACUGCCCACAGUUUCGCCCUGAACCACUCGGUAUUACUGUUAUUGAUGCGUUUUACAUGCAUGUGCCGUUAUAUCUUUAUCUUCUAAAUGAACUCUGCUGUUUGUUUUUGUUCUUUUUAUCGGUUUGAAGAGAAACCUGAAGGCUCAUAGUGAAGUGUAGCUUGCUGACUAAAAGAUCAGUUCACCGUUAACACUCCAUGCUGUAAGAAAUGAACUGCAGCACUUUUCUGUCUUACUUUGGUAUGUUUGAUGUUACAGGAAAUCAGUAUUAUUGUACUUUUUUUAAGAGGUCAUUGUGUGAGAACAAGAACAGAUUGGUCUCCAAGUUUGUAGAGUGUCUUGACUUAUUUUUUUUUAUAGCCAGCGUUUUUAUAUAAAGUGAUGUGAUGUCUAUUUUAAAAACAACGUUUGUGUAACUGAUGAGGAAUUUGAUCUUCAUAGUUUUAAAGCAUUACAGAAGACAGUAUUAAAGAAGGAGACGGGACAAAAGAAAACAGGAAAAGGGAGAGUGUUGAGAUCAAAAUGCCUUCAUUUGUUUCAUUUCAUGCAGUUUUUAAACAUUUUUGUUGGAAGUCGCUGUUCUGGUGCAUGGUGCUGGAAACUCAAGUAUCCUGUCAGUGGGAGCAGACUGAUACCAAACUCUAAAACAUGUUGCUGUGACGUGUGCUGUUCAUGGAGAGGACAGAAGAGGCGAUAUUGCAUCAACUCCCUGGUGUAGGCAAACAUGUCUUAAAAGAACCUUUCGGUGUUAUUAACCUUUAAGUAUAUCCAAGUGUAUGAAGCUAUUUCUUUAGUUUUGUUUUCUUCUUCAGAGCUGAUGAGUAUCUCAAAGAGUGAUGUAAUGAAACUGAUGCUAGAACACUGUAACACUGAGGAUCACCUUCUUUUGAUGGCUUUGUAUUACACUGUUAUCAAUGUCCAAUUAUAAUGCAAUAGUAACACUGACAUCCUUCUGUUUGCUCUUUCCUGAAUACAACAUGGUUAAGGCAGGGGUCAAAGGGCAGAUUCUGUGUUGCUCUUAAUAGGACUGCUUUCAUUCUGGAUUAAUCUGUUACUGUAAUCUUGAUUAAAAAGAUAAGUUUGGUUCAUUUAAUGUCAGACAAUGGAGAAAAAUGUUAAGCAGAGUUUCCUAAAGCUGAAGAUGAUGUCAUAGUCAUCAUAUGACGCAUUCACACAUUUAAUUUAAUUAAUAAAACAGAUGCAAGUUGA